UGUGUGUGUGUGUGUGUGUGUGCCAGAGUGAUGCCGUUGUAAAGGCCUAAUAAUCAUCGUCACAGCCACCACGUGACGUCACCGGCGAGGUAAACACACUCAGCUGAUCACGUCCCUCGCCGCGCCACGCCGAGCUUGCCUACACUCCUGCCACCAUGCCCAAGAAGAAGACGGGACAGAGGAAGAAGGCGGAGAAGCAGAAGGCUCGCCAGAAGGAGCUGAGGAAGGGCCGGGCCAACCGCUCCCUGGCUGACCUGCCCUGCAACUCUGUCAUGGAAUGUGACAAGUGCCAGCGCCGUCAGAAGAACCGAGCCUUCUGCUACUUCUGCCAGUCCCUCCAGCGGCUGCCCCAAUGCGCCCACUGCGGGAAGAUGAAGUGCAUGCUCAAGACUGGCGACUGUGUGGUGAAGCAUCCCGGCACCUUCACCAUCGGCCUCGCUAUGGUGGGUGCCAUCUGUGACUUCUGCGAGGCGUGGGUGUGUCACGGCCGCAAGUGCCUCCAGACACACGCUUGCACCUGCCCACUCAUGGACGCCAACUGCAAUGAGUGUGACCGAGAUGUGUGGAGUCAUGGCGGCCGCAUCUUCCGUUGUCACUACUGCCAGAACUUCCUGUGUGAGGAUGACCAGUUUGAGCACCAAGCCUCCUGCCAGGUGCUGGAGCAGGAGUCCUACAAGUGUCUGUCAUGUAACCGCCACGGGCAGUACUCGUGCCUGCGCUGCAAGACCUGCUACUGUGAGGAGCACGUGCGCAGGAAGGGCGUCAAGUACGACAACCGCCAGAAGCUGCCGUGCCCCAAGUGUGGCUUUGAUACGGAGGAGACCAAGGAGCUCAGCAUGUCCACUCGGACCCACAAGUUUGGCCGACAGCAGAUCGACCAUGACUUUGACGAUGAUGGUGAGGGGGCGGUGGGCUACGGCUACUACUACGGGAACGACGAUGAGGACGACGACGAUGAUGAUGAUGAGGAUGAGGACGAGGAGGAUGACGAUGAGGAAGAGUCGGAGGAGGAGGAGGAAGAAGGUGAGGAGAAGGAGAAGGAGAGUAAAGGGACACAGUAGUAGCAGUAAUAGAAUUUUUGGCAACUCUGAUUUGGCAUUAAUAAAACGUUGGUGAAGUUGUUAUUC